AUAGUUUAUUAAAUCACUUGUUAAACUGCAUGACAGUUGUUUUCUGAAAGUUCAUGUUUGAAAAUUAUUAAUUUAGACGUUUACGUUAUUCAUCAAUCAAAUAUUUAAUAAUGUUCCGCAAUCAAUACGACAGUGAUGUCACAGUUUGGAGUCCGCAAGGACGUUUACAUCAAGUGGAAUAUGCGAUGGAAGCUGUUAAAUUAGGAUCAGCCACUGUAGGACUUAAGAACAAAACUCAUGCUGUUUUAAUCGCACUCAAAAGAGCUUCAUCCGAGCUUUCAGCGCAUCAGAAAAAAAUGUUCCCCAUUGAUAAACACAUGGGAAUUUCUAUUUCUGGUUUAACUGCUGAUGCUAGAAUGUUAAGUCGAUAUAUGCGAACUGAAUGUUUAAACUAUAAGUAUUCCCAUGAUGAUGUAUUACCUGUAAGUCGUUUACUUGCAUCAUUGGGAAAUAAGUUGCAAACAUGUACUCAGAGAUACGAUAGAAGGCCAUAUGGUGUGGGUUUACUUAUUGCUGGUUAUGAUGAUCAAGGACCACAUAUUUAUCAGACGUGUCCUUCAUCAAAUUAUUUUGAUUGCAAAGCAAUGGCUAUCGGUGCACGUUCUCAAAGUGCCCGCACAUAUUUAGAGAAACAUCUUAAUGAACUUCUUUCGUGUGAUCUUGACGAACUUAUAAAACAUGGUCUUCGUGCAUUAAGAGAUACUUUACCUAAUGAAGUUGAUUUAUCCAUUAAGAACGUCUCUAUUGCGGUAGUUGGAAAAGGUACAGAUUUUACAAUAUUUGAUGAGGAUGCGAUAUCCGUUUAUUUAUCUCAAAUUGAAGAUGAUAAACGUGGAAGACCUACCGAACCAGAUGUAGACCAAGAUUCUAGACCUCCACAACCUCCACCUGCUGACGAAGGUCCACAAGAUCCACAACCUGCAGUUGCAAUGGAAACAGAUUAAUGUUGCAUAUAUUGUCCAAGCGUUAAAGCAUCUACACCUACAUCUCUCAAAUCUUUCAUGGUCUGUUCAACUUCUUCAUCAGUCUCACUCA